AUGACUGGCAGUGACAUCAAAGUCCCGUCCCUGGUCAGCGACAAUUCGAGUACGACUGGAACUAGUCUAGAUAUCCUGGCAUCAUCAAUCCUCAACCAAACCUACCCACAGCCAUUUUUUACACCCGACAAAUUUGUGGACGAUCCACCAAGGUUACUUUCGAAACAUUCGUCUCGGUACAGUCUUUGUGAAGAUGAUAUGUAUCCAGUCGAAAUCAUUGAUGAGCUGUAUGAUUUCUUUGGGUAUGACAUUCACUCACUAGAUAUCGACGAGACCCAAUAUCGCUAUCGUCAAUCAGUCGUACAAAGGUUACUUGACUCCGAGGCAGAGUACAAUGCGAAGCUCAAAGUAGCACUAGAUCGCUUCAAAAUGCCGCUCCAAGCUCUUUCUAGACGCCAGUCCUCGCACCAACAUGGAAGCGCAACAACUCUCUCAUUUCUUGCCACAUCUAUAUCCAAGCCAUCAUUACUCCGCCUACAAGAUAUCGAGACCCUGUUCGGGAAUCUAGACGAAAUACACAUGUCUAGUUCAGAUCUUAUCCAAAGUCUAGAAGAAAGAUUUUGUGUGUGGGGGCCAACCCAACUCCUGUCGGACAUUCUCCUGUCAAUGGCAAGUACACACAACUUUAUCUCUUUAAUGUCUUGGUUACAUGUGGUGUGCAAUAUACCAAAAUUACGCGCAUAUGCGGUAUAUCUCGAAAACUACAAAAAAUCCAUGCUAGUCUUGGAGCGCUUAGAAAAGAAUCAACAGACAAAGAAGUACCUAGAGCACUCUACAGUCGAAUUUGGAACUUUGCAUUUACACACAUUAUUAGAACAACCACUGUAUACUAUCUCACGCUAUGCGGAUAUCCUGGAAGAUCUCCUAAAGCACACGGACCCCCAGCAUCCCGAUGCAGUCCGACUUACUCAAUGUUUCGCACGGGUGGCCCGUGUUGAGUCUGGUCUCGCUGCACCAAUACAAAGAUGCCAUUUAUUGAACCAAGUCGUACGAUUAAGUAUUCAGUCACGCCAAGGCUUUUUGCUCACGGACGCACCACGGAUAAUUGUCAAACAAGGCGAGCUUUGGAAUCUGCAUCGACACCUGGAUCGACGUGUUUAUGUACUGAUGAGCGAUAUGUUGUUGUAUUUCAAACCACGAGCUGAGGACAACCACAACCUCCUGCAGUACAAAGGCAAAAUUGAUCUGGCCUGUGCCAUGGUUGGAAAACUAAAGGCCGACAAGGUCCAGUAUGGGAUCGACAUCACAAUCCACCACAGUGACCCAUCCUGCGCCUACUCUGAGGACAUCAAUGCCCUCCUCAGUGCGUCUGGUUCAUCACCACCCCAGCACCAUUAUCUAAAGGCCAACAGUGAAGAAGAACAACGGGUCUGGAUUGAAGCCAUACAAUCUGUCAUUUUAAGAUUACAACGUCGUAAUUAG